GUCCAAAUCCAACCACGUCAAUAGAAAAAAAUGAAACACAGUACAUUACUUUUCUUUUUUCCUCCCCUGCAAGUUGCAAAUUAACAAUUCACGUUUAAUUGAAUCUUGAUUCUUGUACACAAACUGCAAUCAAAUCUUCAAAUUCCAUCAUUUUCUAGAUCCCAAAAUAGAGAGAUGGAGAGUAAGGAAAAAGGAGAAGGAGAAGAAGGAGAAAUAAUGGGGUUGGAUGAACUGCCAUCAGCUUUGCUUGCAACGAUAAUAGCAAAGUUAGACAUGGCGUCAAUCUGUUCCGUCGCUUCAACUUGCCGCACCUUCAAUUCCUGCGCUUCUCACAUCCUCACUUUCCUCCCUAUUGUUCACCUCAUUGAUGUUGCACCAUCAAUGGAUUUGUUGGCUCCCUUACUUCCACCAAACCCGUAUCUCACAAGCCUGAAAGUUGAUUGUUGUCGGCUUGAUGACUCUGCGAUUUCUCACCUCAUUCGUCCUUCUUUGCACGAGCUUUUUCUUCACAAUUGUGGUGAUUUUAGUGGUAAAUUGCUCUCUGAGAUUGGUUCUCAAUGUCGUGAUAUCAGGUCUCUCUACCUAGGGUGUGUGGGCGACAAAAGAGGUCGUGCAAUUCAUAUUUCUGAUCUGGAGGAGUUACUCAGAGGUUGCAGUGAACUGGAAACACUCAAUCUGAUGUUUGAUGUCUCAACAUUUCUUCGGCAUAAUUUUGCCCGGGCAUGGACAUUGGCUUCUGAUAAAUUAACUUCUCUAGAAAUCGGUUAUAUCUCAUCAGUGAUGGUGACAGAAUUGCUCAGCCCAACUCCUGGGCCUAGUCAGUUCCUGCAACAAGAGCAGCCACCUAUACUACCAAAUCUGCAGAAGUUGUGCCUUUCUGUAGAUUAUAUCACUGAUACUAUGAUCAAUACAAUAUCCCAGAAUCUCACAUCAUUGACUCAUUUGGAUCUUCGAGAUGCACCUAUCAUUGAACCAAGGGUGACUUUUGACCUCACCAACAACGGUCUACAGAAGAUCAACCAAAAUGGAAAGUUGAAACAUCUUUCACUGGUACGUAGCCAAGAGUUCCUCAUAACUUAUUUUCGCCGGGUCAAUGAUCUAGGUAUUCUCUUAAUGGCUGAUCUAUGUGCAAGUAUGGAAAGUAUAUCUCUUGGUGGGUUUUGCCGUGUUACAGAUACAGGUUUCAGAGCCAUUAUCCAUUCAUGCACUAACCUUUACAAGAUUAAAAUAUCACACGGGACCCAACUCACUGAUCUGGUUUUUCUCGACAUCUCAGCGACUCCCCUUUCAUUAACACAUGUUGGUCUAAGAUGGUGUAAUCUGUUGACCAAUCUAGCAAUUACACACUUGGCAUCAAAUCUGGAUCUUACUGUGCUUGACCUGAGAGAUUGCAGAAGCCUAGGGGAUGACACCCUGAUAGCAAUCAGCAGUCUUCCUAAAUUGAAGUCAUUACUUGUCGAUGGAUCUGAUAUAAGUGAUACUGGAAUCUCACAUCUGAGGGAAAGGGCAGCUAGUUCACUAGUGUCUCUCUCUGUUAGAGGCUGCAAGAGACUUACAGAUAAAUGUAUCACAGCCUUAUUCAGCAGCACUUCAAAACCCGUAUUGCAAGAAUUGGACUUGUCAAAUCUCCCUAAUCUUAGUGACAAUGGAGUUCUACUGUUGGCGAAAAGCCGAGUUCCAAUUUGUGAACUCCGUAUGAGACAAUGUCCUCUGAUUGGUGACACUUCUGUAAUGGCAUUGGCCUCAAUGCAAGUUGAUGAUGAAAGAUGGCACGGGAACUGCCUGCGUUUGCUGGAUCUCUAUAAUUGUGGUCGCAUAACUGCACUCUCAUUCCGUUGGCUGAAGAAGCCAUACUUUCCGAGGCUAAAAUGGUUGGGGGUUACUGGAAGUGUGAAUAGGGAUAUGAUGGAUGCAUUAGCUAGGAGUAGGCCUUAUCUACAUGUUGCUGGUCGUGGUGAGGAGCUAGGAACGGGACAAUGGGACCAUGCAGAUGGAUUUUACAUCCAUGACUAUGAAGAAAUGGAUGAACUUGAAAGAUACAUCUUGGAGGGUGAUGAUGUAGUAAGCGAUGAAGAAAUGGCAGAAGCUGAAGAUAAUGAAGAAUUUGAGGAUUGAACUGCCCAGAAAUAUUCCUUGUAAGCCUAUGUCUUUGUUGUAAUUUUGAUAUUUUUCUUGUAUUUUUUUGUUAAUUUUUGUUGCACGGGUUGCAGCAAGUUGUGUCCAAUUUGUACCAUGAUGAUUCCUGUAAUCCUAUGUGAGCUGACAAAUAAAAAAAAAUGUAGCUGAAUAUCUGAAAUACUUGGAACAGUUAUAUUUUCUUUUUAA